AUGGCAACAAUCAAAGGUCUCAAUGCCCAUGAUCGCCCUCCGGAAAAAGUCCGCGAUGUCUACAAGAAAUACCUAAAGAUCAAGCUACCAGAGGUUGACAAUGACCAAGACAUGGUCGACUUGGAGAAAUUGAACGUCGACAAUCUGCCUAGUCCAUUUGCGAUAUCUGGGUUUAUAGAUAGUAAAGAGCUUCGUCUGGCGUUUGAUGAGUUUGUGGGUAGGACUGGUAAUACCUCGACUACCCGAGAUCAUCAUGGCGGGGKCCUUAUUGAGGACAUUCCUAUCUUGACACAUAAGAAAGUAUCUGGUCUUCAUAUGAUACCAUCUCUAUAUCCGCCAACAGUGCAGACCAAAUUGCUGGACUUGAUGCUUCACCGGGAUCUCUCAGUGCCAGAACACCAAACAAAUCUACAUCUCCACUAUGACAUUGAAUACCCUCAAGCACCUAAUAAUUUGCCCAUCUCAUUCUUUGAAGCCGAUCCAACGUCCACCUUUGCACCCAAAGAUCCUCACAUACACAAMCCCAUGACCAUUCAAGCCAUGCUCGACAAAAAACUCCGCUGGAUCACACUCGGCGGGCAAUACAACUGGACUGCCAAAGUAUACCCCGACGGGCAACCACCCGCAUUCCCAAGAGACAUUGCGCAUCUACUGCGUGCGGCGUUCCCCGAGACAGAAGCUCAAGCAGCAAUCGUCAAUUUCUAUUCCGCGAACGAUACUUUGUCCAUGCAUCGCGACGUAAGCGAACAAUGCGACAUUGGCCUUAUCAGUGUCAGUAUCGGCUGCGACGCGCUGUUCAUGAUUAGCCACGACGACGGGGAAGGAUGCGAGGUGAUUAGACUUCGCUCGGGGGAUGCGGUGUACAUGUCUGGUCCUUCGAGAUUUGCGUGGCAUGGUGUACCGAAAAUUAUACCGGAGACGUGUCCCGGUUGGUUGUGCGAUUGGCCGGGGCCGGAGUAUCCUAAUUGGCAAGGGUGGAUGGGGAGGAAGAGGGUGAAUCUGAAUGUUAGGCAGAUGAAGGAGUCGAUGUCGUCCGCUUAA